AUGUUCAGAAACGCUCUGCGGCAGUCCAGCCGCUCUGUCGCGGCCGUCUCGGCCCCUGGCCGUAUCGCCUCGGUGAGUCCAGUCCCAAUGGCCAUCCUCGUCCAUCGCCAGUCCGACCCAUUCCAUCUCGCCCUCGAGCUCGAUCGAUGCGGAGGACAUGCGCCGACCCGUUUUUCUCUCGCUACCUGGCAGGCUCGCGCGGCUGUUCCCGGCCCCCUCUCCGCUGCCUCGAAGCAGGUUCGCUCCUACGCCGCCGAGGCCAAGGCUGCCCCUACCGAGGUCUCGUCCAUCCUCGAGCAGCGUAUCCGUGGUGUUCAGGAGGAGGCUGGUCUCGCUGAGACUGGUCGUGUUCUGUCGGUCGGUGAUGGUAUCGCCCGUGUCCACGGCAUGACCAACGUCCAGGCUGAGGAGCUGGUCGAGUUCGCCUCUGGUGUCAAGGGUAUGUGCAUGAACCUCGAGGCCGGCCAGGUCGGUGUUGUGCUGUUCGGUUCCGACCGUCUCGUCAAGGAGGGUGAGACUGUCAAGCGUACCGGCGAGAUUGUGGAUGUCCCCGUCGGCCCUGAGAUGCUUGGCCGUGUUGUCGACGCUCUGGGUAACCCCAUUGACGGCAAGGGCCCCAUCGCGACCAAGGAGAAGCGCCGUGCCCAGCUCAAGGCCCCUGGUAUCCUGCCCCGCCAGUCCGUCAACCAGCCCGUCCAGACCGGCAUGAAGUGUGUCGACUCCAUGGUGCCCAUCGGCCGUGGCCAGCGUGAGUUGAUCAUCGGUGACCGUCAGACCGGUAAGACUGCCGUCGCUGUCGACACCAUGCUCAACCAGAAGCGUUGGAACAGCGGCAGCGACGAGGCCCAGAAGCUGUACUGUAUCUACGUCGCCGUCGGCCAGAAGCGCUCGACCGUUGCCCAGCUGGUCAAGACCCUGGAGGAGAACGAUGCCAUGAAGUACUCGAUCAUCGUCGCUGCCACUGCCUCCGAGGCCGCCCCCCUGCAGUACAUUGCUCCCUUCACCGGUUGCGCCAUGGGUGAGUGGUUCCGUGACAACGGCCGCCACGCCGUCAUCAUCUACGAUGACCUGUCCAAGCAGGCCGUUGCCUACCGUCAGAUGUCCCUGCUGCUGCGUCGUCCCCCCGGUCGUGAGGCCUACCCCGGUGACGUUUUCUACCUUCACUCCCGUCUGCUGGAGCGUGCCGCCAAGAUGAACAAGACCCACGGUGCUGGUUCCCUGACUGCUCUGCCCAUCAUUGAGACCCAGGGUGGUGACGUGUCGGCCUACAUUCCCACCAACGUCAUUUCCAUCACCGACGGCCAGAUCUUCCUGGAGUCCGAGCUGUUCUACAAGGGUAUCCGUCCCGCCAUCAACGUCGGUCUGUCUGUGUCCCGUGUCGGUUCCGCCGCCCAGGUCAAGGCCAUGAAGCAGGUCGCCGGUUCCCUGAAGCUGUUCUUGGCUCAGUACCGUGAGGUCGCUGCCUUCGCCCAGUUCGGUUCCGAUCUGGAUGCCUCCACCAAGCAGACCCUGAACCGUGGUGAGCGUCUGACCGAGCUGCUCAAGCAGAAGCAGUACAGCCCCAUGGCUGUCUCCGACAUGGUGCCCCUGAUCUUCGCCGGUGUCAACGGUCUCCUUGACAACAUCCCGGUCGCCAAGAUCCUCACCUGGGAGGCUGACUUCCUCGCCCACCUCAAGAGCUCCCACCCCGAGAUCCAGCAGACCGUCGACAAGGAGGGCCAGGUCAGCAAGGAACUUGAGGCUCAGCUCAAGGAGGUCAUCACCUCCUUCAACAAGUCCUUCAACGCAUAG